GCUCAGGUGCCGGGAAUUUUCGCUUUCAGAAGGCUACUACAUUUAUGGCAGGGUCAACUUCGGUUUUCUCGCAUUCAAAAUCUUCACAAUUGCAAAACUGUUGAAAGUGAGCUCGUCUGUAAUUUUAAUGAACGCCUACAACGUGACCGCAAGCCGGUGGCGCCACCUAUACGCUCCCUUUCUAUACGCAGACUACCCUCAGUUACACUGCUGUCACUACUUACUUACUACCGCAACAAUUACUAACAGUACUGAAAAGUUUACAGCUUUUGAAAGCUUCCCGAGCCCUUAUCAACAUUAUGCUGAUCAGUGACCUGCUUCCCCUUCUCAAUCUUUCUCACAAUGCAGCCGUUUCCGCGUAUGCAUCGCGGCGCAAUCUGACGUGGAGUCGCCCUCGAGCUAGCGUCAUGAAGAUAUCCCUUGCUCUGCUAUGUGUCACAGUUCUAUCAGCAGUAAACGCGUACCCGUACGAUUAUUAUCCAUCACUGGCGCUCGAGGAACCCGGUCCUUACGUUCCGCACGACCAAGGACGAAGAGUCCCCAAGACUCCCAGCUUACAGUACCCACAUCAUACAAUCCCAACUUGGUCGGGAGUACCCGGGAGACCCGUGGGAACAUUCCCUGACCACCAGUACUCAUCUGGGCCGAGGGUACCAAAGAUGCCCGUGGGAACACUCCCUGACCACCCGCACUCAUAUGGACCGGGGGUACCAAGAGUACCCGAAGGAACAUCCCCUGGCCAUCCAGAGCCACCAGAACCAAUAACGAUCAUCAGGAGACCGUGGGGAAAGUCCCCUGACCUCCCGCUCCCUCCAGGAGACCAUGUGGUUCUCGGGCCCUGCAACACCCCUUUUCCAAACGAAUACUGCAGUUGGGUCUGCAGAAGAUUCAGGCACACGCACGGCUGGUGCAACAUGUCAAAGCAGAAGUGCGUUUGUUCCUAGCGAAAAUCCGAGUGAAAAUCUACGCUGCCCGACUGGAACUUUGUCGUGUAAAUGGAACUUUGUCGCGACUGGAACGUGUAAAUUUUGUCACAAUAAAAGGAGAACAGCAAAUUCAA